UGUUGGCCAUUUCUGAUAUACAUUAUAUGGAAGAUAAUGCAUGUCGAGUGAAUAUGCUGGUUUCAUGAGGAAGCGCAAUCAGCCAUAGAAUAGAAAUUGUAACUUCACUUUCUUUUAUUUAUAACACUUCCUUAGGCCUCGUCAAAUGGUACAAAUCCGUACUAACCGAUGAGUUAUAAUUCAUAUUCUGUAACUAGUUGUGAUUCUUUGAAAUACUUCUUUGUGAAAACAGUAAUUUGGAGUUACUCAAUUCAUGUAAUCCACAUAUAAUGACAGUAAUCCCAGCUUUCUGCUUCCAGAAAUAAUCAAUAAUGAUUAAUUAUUAAGUCUUCAAUAAAGUUUCAUUAUUCUAUCCCUUCACUCCGAAGUGAAGUGAUAGAAUAUAGAAACGCAACAUUCAUGGUUGAUCUGCUGAGAGGGGUGCUUCCUGGUAGGAAAUUAGCCCCUAUUUAGGCAUUAGAUAGGCGAAGAAAAUCCAGAAAACACACGGCCAGCCUUUGGUGAGACGCGAACCCACUCCUAACUAUCGUUGUUCACUGGUUUCAGUGGUUUGACCACUGAUAAAACUUUAUUCUUAGGACAUGCAAUUCUUCUAGAAACAAAUAAUAUUAUACAUUGAAUACUCAGCUAUUUUAUUAUUCAAAAUCAAAUUAAAUUCUGAUAAUAUAAUUAGUUAAGGAUUUAUGCCAAACGAAUGUUUAUAUCACUUGCUCGCUCUUUAAUGGAUUCUCUGAAACAUUUCUUCCUAUAAGAAACGUAGGAUUUUAUAUUUAUAAUAGAGCAUAGCCUGUUGUUACUUUACUGUAUAAUAAUUGUAGUCAAUUUUACAUAUUUACAUGAGAAUUUGCUAAUUCCUCGAAUUAUUACAGCAUCAAUAAUGUCAACGACAAACAAUGGUAAAAUACAAUUCAAAUGCUUACAACCCGUCUUGACAAUUGAGGAAUUAUAAAAAUGUGUUUAAAAAUCUCAUCCCGAUCGAAUUAUUGCCCAAAAUCUGCUGAAACGAUGGCAAUUAACCAAUGGAUUUCCACAGCGAGGAAGGCACAGCAAUGACACUUCGACUUGCAGCCAAUCAGCAGCUUCAUCCAAGAUAAUAAAAGGAAGGAAGAUGAUCGCGUAACACCAGACAUUACCAUGGCUCUUCAUCUUCUCUUCCACUUUCUCCUGACUCUACUCAUCAGCUCUGCAGAAAGACCUCUUUACUUCGAUGUUCCGCUAGAUCCCGAAGAUCGACUGCACCUCUACUGGACUGUGGACUAUGAGUUAGAAAUUGUGACAUUCGAAUUGAUAGCUCACGUAUCUGAUAACGAAUGGGUCGGAAUGGGAUUUUCCAACAGAGGUAACAUAACACGAGCCGAUUUAUGCGUUUGGUGGGUUAACAGACAGGGCGAUUCUCACUUUCAGGACGUUUGGACAGACGAAGGAGGCUACAUUACUGUCGAUUAUCACAACGACUGCGAUUUAAUUAAAUAUAAGAAAAGCCCGCAUAAAAUAAGGAUUAUCUUUAAUAGGAAGUUCGACACGUGCGAUCCUCAGGAUUAUGUUAUAGAAGACGGGACGACUCAUAUUGUUUACGUAAUUGGGCGUGGACCUAUCAGAAGAUUGGAUGGAUUGAGAUUGAUUAAUGAAAACCAUAACUUCCAGCGUGUGCAAUUGCUGAAAAAUAUGGAUCCACCACCAGAAUUUCCUGAAGAUACUAAAGUUAUACCCAUCACAAAUAAAAAGUUAGAGGUUCCUAGUGGUGAUACCACUUACUGGUGCAGUUUGCAUCUGUUGCCUGAAGAAUUUAAGGAAAAACACCAUAUAGUUCAGUACGAAGCAACCAUUCAAAAAGGAAACGAACCUCUAGUACAUCACAUAGAAGUUUUCCAUUGCGAAGUGGAAGCAGAAAAAGAACUUCCAUACUGGAAUGGUCCGUGUUCGGACUCAAAAAAGCCAAAAGUACUAGAAGCGUGCAAAAAAGUACUAGCAGCAUGGGCUAUGGGUGCAACACCAUUCGCUUAUCCAGAAGAAGCAGGUUUACCAAUAGGAGGAGCGAACUUCUCAAGAUACUUGAUGCUAGAAGUGCAUUAUAACAACCCUGAACUGAAAGAUGAUUGGGUGGACAGCUCCGGAAUUCGUAUUUAUUACACGUCUCAACUCAGACAGUACGAUGCUGCUGUUAUCGAAGUAGGAUUGGAGUAUACAAAUAAAAUGGCCAUUCCUCCUCAUCAAGAGGCCUUCCAAUUAGAUGGAUAUUGUGUAUCCGAAUGUACACGAGUCGGUUUACCACCGGAAGGCAUAACGAUAUUCGCUGCUCAGCUGCAUACUCACUUAACUGGUAUUAAAGUAUGGACGAAGCAUAUUCGAGGAGGUGUAGAAUUAACUGAAGUAAAUAGGGAUAAUCAUUAUAGUACACAUUUUCAAGAAAUUCGUACUUUAAAACGUAGAGUUCAGCUAUUUCCGGGAGAUGCAUUAAUAAAUUCAUGUGUUUACGAAACAUUAGAUAGAGAUAAUAUUACUCUGGGUGGAUUUGCUAUAAGCGAUGAGAUGUGCGUGACUUAUAUGCAUUAUUUUCCAAAAUCGAACUUAGAAGUAUGCAAAAGUUCAAUAGAUACUGAUGUACUAAACAGUUAUUUCCGUUAUAUGAACGAGUAUAAUAACGAAGCUACGUCUCCUGACAAUGAUGUGAGCGAAAAUUAUCAAUCUAUCCAUUGGACCAAAAGCAAUUCCAACUUUUUGUAUCAUCUCUAUAACAAUUCACCUUUAUCUAUGCAAUGCAAUCAAUCCUCUGGAGAUAGAUUUCCUGGAUAUUGGAAUGGAGUUCCUUUAACAGAAAUUCUGUAUACUCUUCCACCACCCGAAGAUCAAUGCAACCAAAAAGAGAUAUUUAUUAACUAAAAAUAAAUAAAUAAAUAUCUGAGAUGUUUAUUUGAAAAAAUAAAACAACAUAUAAAUAAAUAACCAAAGAACGUUUCUGACUUAAUACAGUGAUAAUGUAAUGCCUUUAUAUGUUACGUGUUGUUAAAAAUUGUUGUUAAUAAACAAAGUAUGUU